AUGAAGGAGGUGACAUCACUACGUGUAGCUUUUGCGGCAGAAGAAAAACAACUUCAACAGAUUGAUUUGGAUUCCAACUUCCCUGUUGUUGCGGCAUCAAUAGUUGAUUCUUACGUGGCUUUACCGACUCAAAACGGGCGCUUGAUGUUGUUUCAUCUUGUUUUGAACCCUACUGUGCACCUACAGGAAAUUGACAUAGCCAACACUGCAUUUGCUGAAAGAACCGUUCAUCAUCGAGCUCCCUUGACUGCACUGUCUAUUUAUCGCGAUAUGAGUGGACUCAUGGUUUGUUCUCAAGAUGAUGCAAACAUCGCCGAAGGAAGAAAAGCUAGCAGGUUAAGAAAGGCGGCUGCACGCCGAACUCUUGUGGACUCCAUCGACAUUGACCUCUAUGGCGAUGAGGGAUUACCCACUAGUAAUGCCGUCGUUGAUGAGGACGAGCUAUUGUAUGGAGAACCGGCAGGAAAUAAAAAAGAUGAGAAUGUUCGAAAAAGGAAGAGGAUUGUUGACAUAAGUAGUGUCGCGACUGGAUGCGAGGAAUCAGAUGCCAUUGAUCCAAAUACUGUGGAGCCUACAUAUUGGCUCGUACUGGCUCGCGACAGCGGGAAAGCCGUACUCUCUACCGGAUAUGAAAACAGUUUAUCAGGUAGGGCCUUUUUCUUGAAAUUUGGAUUGAUGCCUGAAAUAGUGACCGAUCUCAUGCCCGAGGAGGAAGAGAAGGACAAGAAAGAACAAGAAGCCCGCGCAGAACAGUUCGAGAAUUCUUCUAUACAAUUUCGGCCAAAUGAAAGGGUCGUCGAACUGCAGAUCGUUCCUAGAUGGCUGUUGUUAGAGGUGUUUCUUCCUACUCGCUGCCCCUUCUUUUGCGCAGUUUGUCGAUAG